AUGAGCAGCCUCGCCGAGCUGGAGGAGCAGAUCGUGUCUGCCGUGAAAGCCCUGGUUGACGACGGCCUCCUCACGGAGCAGUUCCUGGAGCUGGUCCGCCUGCAGGACAGCAGCGAGCCCACCUUCCUGUCGGAGCUGGCGGGCAUCUUCUUCAGCACCGCGGAGGAGAAGCUGCGAGAGAUGAACCGCAUGCUGGCGGACGAGGCCGUGGGGGGGGCCACAGACUACCCGGAGCUGGACAACAUCGCGCACAAGCUCAAGGGAUCUAGCGCCAGCUUCGGCGCGCGGGUGGUGGCGGAGGAGUGCGGCGCGCUGAGGGAAGCAUGCGAGAGUAGGCAGCGGGAGGCGUGCAGGGGCGUGGUGGCGCGCCAGGCGGCCGCGCUGGAGGCACUCAAGGGCCGGCUGCAGGAGGUGAUGGAGCUGGACGCGCGGCGCAGGGCGCUGGUGUGA